GUAAAUAUUUCACACACUAAAUGUUUGAAACAUAUUGCACUAAAAUGCCAAGCUAAAAACAUCAGUUGGGCGAUUUACAAAAAUAAAUAAUUGCACUGAUGACAAAAAGCAAACAGAGCGCAAGUAACGAAUCGACAUAGGGGCGUGUGUGUGUGUGUGGAGCGAGGAAAUCAGGUGUGCGCAGAAAAGAGCACACAGAUGAUAACGUUUUGCAACGCGUCGCCAGCUGUGCAGCAAUAAACACACAGUUAAAUUACUAAAGUCUCGACAGGUUGAACGGUACGGGCUGCAGGUGCAAUAAUUCAAAUUGUUGGUUACCAAUUGUUUGUGCAAGUUGUCAAUGUUGCUGCUGUUUGGUUAGUGCGAUGCUGUUGAUGUCAACGUCAGCUGCGUUCAUUUGAAAAGCUGGGCAUAAGUGAGAGCGAGCAGCGAGUGUGGGCUAAAAACAGUUAGACAGGCCUGUGUGGAGUGCACGGAGAGGAAAAGAGCUGUUGGCACACCACCCUCACACCUACCCCAACAACAAUAAUAAAGCCCUCAAGCAUGCGCUUAAACAAAUCGGAGCUAGCUAGCUUGGCCAAUAAUCCUGCAACUCGUUUCGAUAAAGAAGGUCUGCUUACCAUCAACGAACGCCAGGAGAGCAUCUUUUGGCACACCGAUGUUAAACUGGAAUGCUGGUGCAAGCUGCGUGGAAAUUUACUUUUUUAUUUGAAGGACAAGCAUCCCAAGUCGCCAUUAGCUGGCGUACUCGUACUGGAGGGCUGCCAACCGCUUAUACAGCAUGAGCAGCCCGAACUGGAGGGCUAUGUCUUCGAUUUAGUUUUUAAGGACAGUCCAUCGCAGCGUUUGAUAACACACAGCGCCCUGGAACGUUUGGAUUGGGUGCGUUGCAUUGAGGCCUGUUCAAACGCUCAACUCGAUCAGCUGAUUCAGCAGCUGGAAAAGCAAUUGUCUGCAGCUGUAGCUGCCACUGUGCCCCAAAGCAGCAGCUGCAGCAACACCGCCGACACUCUGCUGGCCAUGGGCAAUCACAUUGAUCAGGGAUUGCCGCUACCACCGUCUAUAGCCUGGCCUGAGACAGCAGCAGCUGAGGCGCCCUUUGAAGAUCUGGACACAGAGCUAUGCGAGCUGCCCAUUUGCGAGACGGCGCUCUCCUGUGAUAAUCUACCGCUGGACAACUUUGGUCGUCCGCCCAAUCCGCGCAUCAUCUGCUCAAUCAUGCAGCCGGGCAUCGAUUGCCUCUGGCGCCAACUUGCGCGCACCGAGCUGCUCGAUCGCACACACAAUCCCCAGUUCCUCUGCACUAUUCGCUUUCUGCGUAGCGCCGGCUUGAAGGCAUCGACGCGACUGCGCUUUGCCGUCCACGAUGUGCGGGAGCGUCUAUCGAGCACAUCGCUGCCGCUGGGUCAUGCUGAGGUGACGCUGGGCAUGCUGCAGGACACGACGCGUCUGCGUUUGCCGCUCUGCUCGACACGCGGCGAAUGCGGCUUCAUCUCGCUGACCAGCUGGACGCCUGAGUCGGUCGCCAGCUCGGGCCGAUCCAACAGAGCCAUAGCCCAGCCGCCGCGCUCCAGCACGCAGUUCUUCGAUCAAUGCAGCAGCAGCAGCAUCCAAGCCAAGGGCAAGCCUAAAGCAGGCCAUCGUCGCAGUCAGUCGCUGCCACUGCAGCUGGGCGUGCGUCUGUUUGUGCCACAGCAGUGUGGCCUGGAGCGCGUCUGCGCUAAUCCCUGCCUGCAUUCCUAUCGCCUGCACUCAACCAUGGGCGCAGACAUUAGCGUGCUGGAGACAAUGCUGGAGUCGCGCGUCUGCUGCGCUGUGCCGCAGCAGCUGCUCUCGAUUUGGAUACAGCGCGAGAAGGAGCUGCUGCAGGAGAUUUCCGGCAUGGGCGAGCUGAGCGGCGAGUGGCGUUGGCGUCAGAUGAAUCUGCUGGAGGAGCAUUUGCGUCUGCUCAAGGAUUACUCGCAGGCCAAGCAGAAUAUACAGCAGCUAAUGCGUGAUGGCGCCUACUACAAGCGCUCAGCUAUCAAGAACGAUGAAUCCUUGGAGUUUCUGCCCGUCAAUUUGCAUGUGCAACGCAUGUGGGCGCAGAAUGAUACGCUGCAAAGGCGUGGCAUGUUGGAUAUAAUUACGGUGGGCGCGUUUACGCGUCACGAUGCCAAGGGCCGCAAGUCCGGCGGACUGAUCAAACUGCUGCAGGAGAGCAAGUCGUGGAAGCUGGAGCAGAGCAAUGCGUGCAAGGUGCAGGCGGCCAAUGAUGCAGUGCAGGCAACGAAGCAGCUGCGCAAGGAGAUUGUUGAGCUGAUGUCGCAGCUGCUGCAGCUGGCGAGCCGCCGGAGUGCGCGGGACAUGAUGCCGCUGUGCAGUGCCAUGGUGGGCAAGACGCGAACGCUGCUGAACAUCUGGGAGCCGAGCAUUGUGGAGGAGGCGGUGAGCUUCAUUGAGCGCCAUCGCAUCAUAGAGGAGCCCGACAAUGUGCUCAUUGAGCCAAUGUCGCCGUUUCGCAAGAUAACGCAACAGCUAAGCGCGCUGGAGCUAAAAUCGCCGGAGCUGGAGGACUUUGCUACGCCAGUGCUGGCGCCGCCAGAUCUUUGGCCGCGUGGCCAGCCGCUGAUGCGCUCGAACAGCUGGCAUCCCAGCAAUGGCUCGGCGAACAGUUCGCUGGAGAUGCAGGCAAUUGAUUCGCUGCAGCAUGUGGUCAAGUGCUACAAUGCGCAUCUGCGCAGCUUGGAGCAGACUGGGCAGACAAGUGGGCUGGGCGAGCAGCUUACAUAUCAUGAGGCAGUGCUGCCUGUGGCGCCGCCCGCUGGCUUUCUGGACACCAAGCUUAUGAGCAGCUCGCCCUCGGCCAACUAUUACCGGCCCACGGAGGAGCCUGAGCCGCUGGAUCUCACACAGCUAAACAUUGAGGCCAGCGUCAUGUGCCUGGAGAGCAAGCUAAAGUUCUUCUGCGGACGCUGCGACAGUCCGGCCAUACGUUUGCGUCAGCCCAAGCUGCCGCAGAAGCGCGAAGGCUUUGCUGUCACUCCGCAGCAGGCACCGGACGUUAUAUCGCCGCCGGCACAGUCACCGCCGCAGGCACAGCCGCCGCAGCUGAAGCUGGAGCUGGCCACAGCGCCCAAGAAGGUGAACAAGUUCACAGACGGCCUGGACUUGUCGCUCACUACAGACUGGACAGCGGAAUUGCGUCCUAGCAUGCGCAAGCUGCGCCAUGCCAUGGAUCGUCUGCUCAAGACGGCGCGUCUCAUGCACUCCGUGCAGCGUUUGCAGCAGGAUGUGCGCUGCAAUCGCAUCCAGUCGAGCAUCACGUAUCGCCGGGAUGUCUGCUUCUCCCAGGCUUUAACUUCACUAGUCAGCGGCUUGUUGCUGCGUCUCUGGGGCAGCGAGCUGGACUGCUCCUAUCUCACGCUGCUGCGUGAGCUUGGACCGCUGGCCUACUUUGAGGGCUUGCUGUCGCUGUACGGCGCCGAGACGGACAUGUGGAGCGACAUGUGCAUAGCCAUUGAGGAUUUGUCAGCUGUUAGCUUUACGCUUGUGUCCGCACAGCCCGGCGAGCUGCGGCCAAUGCCGCGCGUCAUGGGCUCACGACAGGCGCUGGAAGUGCUGGUGCCAGUGCCGGAACAGGCGCUGCCUAGCGCAGCGGCUCCCCUCACCUUUAGAAUAACGCCCGUGUUCUUCAACAUUGGCAUCAAUGAGAAGGCCACGCUGGGGCAGACGCGUGAGCAGCAUCGCUCGAAUCUGGACAACUAUGUGCGGCUCUCGCAGUACUAUAGUCGCUAUCGCAAGUUGGGACUUAAUGCGUCGGCGGCAGCAGACGCCAGCUCAGCAGAGGACCCGCUGCAGUCGCUGCUGGGAUUUAUGGAGCAGCAGCUGCGCGCCAAUGUGUUUAAGAAUGUCAAGAUACUGCAUCUGGCGGAGGAUGCCUGCCGCUUGAUGGGCGGACUACGCUUUACAUCCUGCAAGAGCGCCAAGGAUCGCACGGGCAUGGCGGUCACGCUGGAGCAAUGUCGUGUGCUGGGCCGCGAAUUCCAACUGCCGGCCAAGCAGUUGCCCUAUGCACUGAGCACUAUGCGCAGCGAGGGCACGCGCAUGGAUAAUGUCUUCAAGAAUAUCGGAAUACGCAAGUACGCCUUUAAUCUGCCCCAAACGCUCAUGCUGCCGGCCAUGUACCGCCCACCAGUGGGCAGCUAUGGCAAGGCGCAGACCUAGACACAUCCAAAUCCAAGUCCAAAUCCAAAUCCAAUAAAUGCAAACAAAACUUUGUGCCAAAAAAUCAAAUCAACUCAAAAA